AUGCUUUCCGUUGAUUCCCCCCUCCUCGUCACUGGGAACACUACCCCUUCGACCUCCUUCACGAAAGAUAUGUCGCCGAAUGGAUCCCAUACCCCAGGUCGCGUCCAUGUAGCCCAAUCGGCAAGGGGACCGACCAUAGCGAACGGCUCCACCGACGCCACACUCUCCGGUGGGAGGACGACGAAGCCCCAUCAUAUCUUCCUUGUAACAGGCCCAGCCGGUGUUGGAAAAAGCAGUGUGGCUGCCUAUCUGUCGAAGAAGCUCAAUUUCCCCUACAUUGAGGGCGAUGAGUUCCACCCUAGGGCCAAUGUCGAGAAAAUGAGCAACGGGAUUCCCUUGACUGAUGCGGACCGCUGGGACUGGCUCACUGCGCUCCGGGAGGAGUCCCAGCGAAGAAUACAGUCAGGCUCUGAGGGUGUUGUCCUCACCUGCUCAGCACUGAAGCAGAAGUACCGAGACGUCAUCCGCGUGGCUGGUUAUUUCGACCAUUCCCUUCUGAUCCACUUCAUCUAUCUUUCCGCGCCUGAGGAGCUUCUGCUUGAACGAGUCCGGCUAAGGCAGAACCAUUACAUGGGUGCCAAUAUGGUCCACAGCCAAUUUGAGGUCCUCGAACCCCCGGGCCCCAAUGAGAGAGACGUCAUCAGCAUCGAUGUCAGCGGAACCCUCAACGAAGUCCAAGAGGAUGCUUUGAGGAAAGUCUCCGAAAUUCUUGCCAACGAAUCGUAUUCUCGCGUGAACGAGUAA